AUGGCUCUCUCGACCUGGGCAUUGCCGCAGCUGUCCAAACUUCUCCCGCUAGACGAGGAGUCGCUGACGCAAAUCAUAUCGUAUGCGGAAUCGCUACCUAACAGGGAAGCGGCAGAUCACCUACAAAAUCUACUGGGAGACAGCCCACAGUCUUUGGAGUUCAUCACAUCCUUCAAUAACAGAAGACGACCUGCGGCUUCAUCUAGUACUAGCCAAUCACAGUCUUCAAAUGACCUACCAGGGGGUCCCAAGUCAAAGCCUCGGAACAAGAAGCAACAAGGACUUAGCAAGCUGCCACCCCCUAGACAACCUGAGAACUAUGGCAACACGACCGGCGGCUACCUGAAGCGUGAUGAGGAGGAUUACAUGUCCGGAACUUCCAGACCGAAAGCACCAAAAGCCAAUGCUUUCGCGCUAUCCGAGAAGCCAGAUGCCAUCCAAGCACCCACCACAUCUUCAGGGAAAUCUACACCAAAGUCCCGAGGCAUUUCGCCUGCCCCACCUCCUUCAAAGCUACCUCCUUCAGCCGCGGGUCAAUUGAUCUCGGAAAGCAAGCCGUCCCGCAACUCAUCACCGAAGCCGAAGGCCAAGGUCAGCGUUGCCGGCGGAACGCCCAUGCACGGUGCAUCUACAGCGCUCAAUGACCUAGAAUCCGCCAUUCGUGCACUCGAAAUCCAAACCAAUCCCACCUUAUCGGCAGGAGAAGAGAGUAGCAAGCGAAAAUGCAAUUGCAUGGCCAAUCGGCACCCACUGCUCGAGGCCGCCCCAAACUGUAUGAAUUGCGGCAAGAUCAUCUGUGUCAAGGAGGGCAUAGGACCAUGCACGUUCUGCGGCAAAUCUCUGCUCAGCUCCGACGAGAUCCAGUCCAUGGUCCGUGUGCUACGUGAGGAACGUGGGAAAGAGAGGAUGGCGGCAAACAACGCAGGUCAGCGACGUGCCGAUGUUUCUCUCGCUCCGCGGCCAUUCUCAACCCCACGGUCUGCAACACCGCUCUCGUCCAAUCCCGGAUCGGAUGUCGAGUCAGAGAACGAGAGACUCGCCAAGGCAAAGCAACACAGAGACAAGCUUCUCGCCUUCCAAGCGCAGAAUGCCAAGAGAACAACUGUACACGAUGAAGCCGCUGAUUUCGAGACGACACACGCAGGUCUGAGCCAAUGGGCUAGUCCGCAGGAACGUGCGAUGCAGUUGAAGAAGCAACAAAAAGCUCUUCGCGAGCAAGAGUGGAAUGCAAGACCGGAGUAUGAGAAGAGGCAGGUUGUAGCUAGUCUUAACCUAGUAGGAGGCAAGAUCAAGAAGAAGUAUGAGACCAAGGCGAUGGAUAGGCCGCCAAGUCCGGAUAGCGAGCAAGACCUGCCUGAGCGAGCUGAAAUCGGUGAAACAGGAACGAUCCUGAGCGGCGGCGGGGCGUUCAGCAAGAAUCCAUUGCUGGGUGGGCUGAUACGUCCCACGAUCAGAAUUAACACUAAAGGUAAAGGCGUUGAGGGAGAGAGAAAGCAGACUUGGAGAAGAGUUCAAGAUGACAACGACGACAACGAGCAGUGGAUUCUUGAUGGUGGAGUUUACGGAGGUCGCGAUGAUUCACAGGGGCUGGAGCAGUGA